AGGGACUUUAUCUAGGCAAGCGCGACGAUGCGGAACUGACGGCCACGCGCACACGAACGGCGACGCAAAAGCAUCAAGAAAAAUGGCCUGUGCCCACUCUUUCCCCGUUCCCCCCCUCCCCAAACCAAGGGUGCUCUGCUACAGAAACCGCCCACGAGGUCCGGAGCCGCACCACUCUUCAACCGGACCACAAAAGUGAGCGCGUGUUGCCGAGAGCCGAGCGCAGAUCAUAGCGAGACCAGAGUCUGAAGAACGUGUCCCGACCUGGUGGUCUCAAGGGUCGUGAUGCUUGAUUGGGUGGGAUCCGUUUCGCUGCGGCACGGUUGGUUAGAUGACGCGGCAGUUCUUUAUGUUGAUCUCGUCAACGAGGUGAAUUAAGAAUCAGUUCCUUCCUUAAGGAUCAGUUUCAGAUAGGGCCCCAGGAAGUUUCGCGGAAGAUGGCAUAUAUUCAGCCUUGCGCAGUUUGGUCCAUGGGGAUCGGCGUGGCCAUCACGUUACUGGUCGGGUUUUCUUUAAUCGAUCUAGGAGUGGCGCAAAGCUCUAAAGGAGUGACUAUCCUGGAUUGCAUCAGACAGGAGAUUCCGGCCACGGUUUCUCCGAAGUUCCAAGAGUGCGUUGACAACGUAACCGUUGGGAGCUUCUACAAAUUCAUGACCGGUUUGCAAUGCAUACUGAGGCUGGCGAAUGCAAUCCGAUCGGAUCGCUUUGUUGACACCGCCUUGCUGUUCUCGGCGGUGGGUGACUUCAAGGGUACCCGAUUCGAACUUGCAGUCGACAAGUGCGCUCAACCGCCUAUGCUGGCGAUAAAGUUCACCACUUGUCUUUUCAGCAGAUUUCAGGAGAUAUGCAAAAACCGGGUCAAGAAACCAGGAUAGUCGUUCCUGCAACUACCAGCAAGUGGUUGACACGAACGGUUUCUACGUGUGCUUAUCUCCCAAUGUUGUUCAAUGUUUGAGAGAACACACAGGCUGCUACAUUCCCCGCCGCACAGCGUGGCAUCACACCGGCCAUCAGGAAGAACAUGCUGACUGCAGAUAGAUGCACGUUGCGCGAACUUCUUCUGAGAAUGCAAUGCAUUUCCCUCAGCCAUAUGCAUUAACUGACUUGGAACCGAAACGUGCUUCAACCAUCUACUCGGAAUCCGUCUGUUUACAGAAAGGUGACUAGUCCUGAUAGGUCUCCAUCGUGUAAUGCAAGACCCCGAACUAAACGGAGACGCAAAGAAUGUCAUUGUAUACUUCCGACCACUUUCGGGUACUAGCCUCCUGAAGAUAUUUCGUAUUGAUUAGUUUUAAGCUUCAGACUCCUAGAACAGAGACGAAAGAUUUGGAGAAGCAAACAAACAACUUAGAUUAGGAAAUUGGAUGGUUUUAAAGUCCUAACGUAGCCGCCAAGUUUAUCAUGAACACGUUACGGGUUCUAAGUUUUAUGUGAUAAAUGGCAGCUUUACGUAGAAUUGCAGCUUGUACGUGCACAACGCAAAGUUUAGGUCUUGAAAUUGUACGCGUGGCUGCUACCUGAUCUAAGGCGUGAUGUAUGCUAGUCAAAUGAACUAAACUCGAGGUCAUUAACGAGAUUUUUGUAGCGAAGAUAUAAACAACUGUCUGCAGCGAUUAAAUAAUCUAGAAUAGGGUAUUCGUUGAGAGAAACACGGUGGACAUCGAAGAAAAGUCAGUCUUUUAGUCGAAAUUGACCGAUUGUCAUGAUUGUGCCUCGAAGCCUAAAAUAGAAUAAAAAUGAAAGCUUGAUAAUGUUGGUAAAGCAGUUCUCCACGUCCUUACUCAACAUAAAUUUUAGUUCGUAUCUGUAAUGACUGACUUUUCGAGCUGCGAUGAAAUAGGAGCACACCCUGCUGACCGCCGAUGUUACGAAGUACUAGUUCAUUCCUGCUCAGAGCAAAAAGGAAAGCAGAUUUCAAGUAGAGCGUUUGACAUGUUAUUACAGCUGAUACUGGUUUACUGAAAUUGAUGUUAUAGAUUGUGUGAAACAUAGAUAUGUGCUGCAAAAAUAUCCGAGUGCGAUAGCGUCAGCUUCAAAGUGCGCGAGCAAAAUUCUACACUAGCGCAUGGCUUUUUUUGGCAGUUGUGAAAUAAAUCCGCACGGACACCAGAA